CGAUGAAAGUUGGAAGGGACCGGCGACUCCUAACGGCUAUACGAUUCUCAGCCUCCCGCCAAAUGCUCUGGUACUGUUAAUGGAAAAAUAAAUGUAAUUUCAAAGAAGAAGGUGGGUGACGUUAUUGACUCUUCAACGCUGCUCAGCCCUAAUCAGAUCCAAAGAGCCUCAACGUGGAUAAGUGAUGAGAUGAGGUGACGAAAACGACAACACUGUAUCUCCCCACCUUGCCCAGCAAUGGCGUGGGCGCUCUGCGCCUUCACCAACUUUCCCCCAUCUGUUCACAAACCUAUUACUAUUACUAGUAAAACCCUAGCUUCUGUUUCUCUUCGCUCUCCAUCAAAACGUGCGAAGAGAAAGAAUCAUUUACGCCCUAAGAUUUUGAAAACCCUAACGAAGCCCUACAGCAUAGAAAUCCUCCGAGACCAGCAGCUUGAGUUUUACAAUGAAGGGUUUUUCGAAGAGGUCUCACUCGAUAUGAUUCGACAAGUAGAAGAAGAAAAUGUUGAAAUACAGUUGGAGUCACUCGUUUCUUGUGCUCCUCAGACUGCCGAAGCCGGAGUUUCUAAUGCUAUUGGUGUUGUUUCUUCAAGGUCAGUGCUUGAAUUGGCAUUUUAUUUCCUCGGUCUUUUUAUUUUUCAAACGGUAUGUACUGUUUGGGUAUUGGGCUCCGCUGAUAUGGGUCGGGAGACUGGAAAUGGUGAAACGGAGGCUGAAUCGUUGGUUUCUUUGCUGGAAAUGCAGAACGGGAAGAGAAAGGACUUUUUGUUGAAAAGAAUUGGCCAAAAUUUUCUUGGCUCUAAACCUGGCGAUGUAAAUUAUGUGGAUAAGUCCCAAUUCGAAGAUAAAAUAGUUGAAAUUAGGGCUAUGGCUAGGGAAGCUAAGGAAUAUGAAGCAAGGAAGUUGAGGGCCAAUGGGGUGGACUCUUUUUUGGAAGAUGCCUUGGGAAAUGGUCUGGAGGAAGCUAAAAAUAAAAAUUCAAUUCAAGAAGAAGUAAAUGAGCGCUUGGUAAAGUUAGAAAAGAGGCAGGAGAAAUUACCAAUGGCAUCCAUUAGUUAUUUGAUUGGUUCAGUAAAGGUUGAAGAUAGAAAAGAUUCAGAGAAAUCUGAAACAAAAGAGAAAGUUGGGGAACUUGUAUUUAAGAAAAAACUCAAGUUCAGAAGCUCCCUGGCUGGCCAUAAAAAUAAAACAAAAGGUUUUAAUGGUUCAAAGCACUCUAGUUUGCCUAAUGAUAAUAGCAGAGGAGCUACAAUAAGAGAUCAAUCUCCAAUUGAUGGAAAUAAUCGUAAUAAUGGUUUGGAUUUAUCAGGCCAAGAAAAGCAGCUAGACCUAUCCCAUAGUGAUUCUUGGAAGACUGUGUCUCCAAAGAUGGAGAAAGAGUUGCACUGCUUGACUAAUGAGACAUCGGGAGAAAAUAUGCGAGAGGGGCUUGAAACUAAGCAGAGGAGAAAAGAAACUCUAGUCAAUGAGUUGGGUUCCUCCCAAUCUGUUGGUAAGAAGUUGCAGAAAGAGGGGGGGAGUUCAAGAAGGGAGAUUAGGAAUGGAGUUGAGAAUUCUGGAGCCGGGACUGGUGGCGUUCAAGAAACCAACUAUGAAAAGCAUUUCACUGGAUUAACAAAACCAAGAGAAUUGACUAAAUUGAAGACACAAGCAUCUCAAAGCUUAACAAAAGAAAACCAGAACAUUUCCAGAGUGUGCUAUAGCCGGGCUUCAUUGAGUGGCAAUGGCAAUUCCAGUCUGCCUUCAGAAACUAGAGAAAUUGAGAAUGAUUUUUGGUGGUUGAAGCUUCCUUAUGCCCUAGGUAUUCUUUUAAAUAGAGGUUCUGACUGUGAAGGACAAAGAGGACUUUAUUCCCUAAAGAUCAGUUCAAAUCCACAGGACACAAGUUGCGCAUCUUAUACUGUUGCUUUUGAGGACCGCACUGAUGCUACUAAUUUUUCUUAUCUACUGGAAUCAUUUUUUGAAGAUCUCGGUGAUUGCAGUGCCAACGUUGUUCCUUUAUCAAUAAAAGAACUGAACGAGUCAGUCAAGUCAAAUGUAAGGAAGGUUGUUGUUGUGAGGAAAGGACAAGUUAAGCUUUUUGCUGGGCAACCACUUGGUGAGGUUGAGAUGGUUUUGCGUUCCUUAAUACAGCGAACAGAAAGAGAAAGUGUUGAUUGAGGGAGAGGGAGGGCAAGGGGAGCUGGGGAGAUAUAUUACUCAGUUCCCUUUUUGCUGGGCCAGUUAUCACUUCAUGCUGACAUAAUCUCUUCAUGAACAUAUUUCCCCUUUCUAUGGGAAGUAGGGGUCUCUGAAGUGCCAAUUGAAUUCCCAUCACUGGUGAGCUGUGAAACCACUUGUGUCACUACUUAAAAGAAAUAACCCGAGUUCCAUGAUCUUGAUAAGUUCACUCUGUGGUGACAACUGGCAAGUUUACUCUGGGUAUUAAUGUAUGCUAGGAUGAACUAAUGCAGACAGGCUCGUUCUUGUAAGAGUGAUCCUUGGAUUGUAUUUUGGAAUUUAUUUGUCUUCCAUUUAUAUGUAUACUUGAGCAUUGUCUCUUCUUUUGGAUGGUUCUUGGGUCUUUUGAUGUAACAUUGAUGUCUUUAUU